CGGGGGCUCAAGAGCUCCGCCCCUUCUCGCGAGAGUUAACGAAUGCCUCGGGAUUUCGGUCUUGAGAAUUGUUUCCGGUCCGGUUCUUAGUAGUUAUGCGGUCGCCGCUGCUACUCCGCACUGUUCGCUACCUGUGGGCCUGUGGGACCCUAGUUAGGCCCCCUAACCGACCCGUGAGCUCUAGCAGCCCCCAGCUGGAGGAGCUCUUCGUUGGCGGCGGGGCCAUGAGGAGUUUCCUUGAACGCCUGGCGGGACCGGGGGUGCAGGCCCUGUCCCAGCUGCAGGGUCCGGAGUUGGUGAUGGCUGCCCAGAGACUGAAGGAGAAGGAGCAGGAGCUGCGGGAAACUGAGCGGCUGCUGGAGGAUGAGAAUGAAGAUCUAAGGAAACUUGCAGAAAAUGAAAUAAUUUCUUGUCAGAAAGAAUUAACUAAAUUGAAACAAAAGAUAAUCUUACUCUUGAUUCCCUCAGAAGAAACAGAUGAAAAUGACUUAAUCUUGGAAUUAACUGCUGGAGUUGGGGGUCAGGAAGCUAUGUUGUUUACUGCAGAGAUGUUUGAUAUGUACCAGCGAUAUGCUACAUAUAAAAAAUGGCAUUUUGAAAUACUGGAAUAUUUUCCCAGUGAAAUAGGUGGCCUAAGACAUGCAUCUGCCAGCAUUGGGGGAUCAGCAGUUUAUAGGCACAUGAAGUUUGAAGGAGGUGUGCAUCGAGUACAACGAGUACCAAAGACUGAAAAGCAAGGCCGUAUGCACACCAGUACAAUGACUGUAGCAGUAUUGCCCCAGCCUACUGAAAUAAAUCUGGUAAUCAAUCCUAAAGAUUUACGAAUUGAAACUAAGCGAGCUAGUGGAGCUGGGGGUCAGCAUGUAAACACUACUGACAGUGCUGUCCGAAUAGUUCAUCUUCCAACAGGUGUUGCUACUGAAUGCCAACAAGAGAGGUCUCAAAUAAAAAAUAAAGAAAUGGCCAUGAAAAAGUUACGGGCAAAACUAUAUAGCAUGCAACUGGAAGAAGAAACCAACAAACGAUACAAUGCUAGAAAACUUCAGAAAGUCCAAUUAUCCUUGAGAAACUUCAUCAAAUCUCAUCAGGGACAAGCCCAAAGGAACAAAAGAAAUGGAGAUUGGAACCAAAGGAAGAUCGGAAAAAAUAAGAACAUACCAUUUUCCACAAAAUCGGGUUACAGAUCACAGAAUAAGCAAAUCGCUAUAUGACAUCCAAAGUUUCAUGCUAGGAGAAUAUCUACUAGAUGAACUUGUACAUUCGUUAAAGGAAUAUGCUGAUUACGAAUCUGUAACAGAAAUUAUUUCAGAAAAAUGUUAAUUUGUCCCCAAAAAUCCUGUAUUGUAGCUUAGCAAAAUCAAUUUCUAUUAUGUCGUCUUUAAUGUACAUAAAGCUGAUCCUUUUAAAAAUGCCUAGUUGAACAGUGUAAACAUUCAUCUAUAAAUAUGUAUUUGAACAGUAAGAGAAGACAAAGCAAAAAAUUUAUAUUUCAGCUUUCUUAAAUUGUUCCUCAUUUGUUAUGUUGUCAAAAGGCAGAUACUUUUCCAGGCUUCUCACAUAAUGUUUCCCAAAACCAUUCAAUAUGAAUAUGGUUGUAAAUUUAUUUGUCUUCUCAAUAGAUUAUUUUCUUCCCUUUCAAUUCAAAUCAACAGAUAUUAAGGGCCUACUAUGUGAAAAUAUUAAACAGACAAUUGGUUUAAUA